CCCCCGCGCGUUUCCGUGCCACACUCGCGACACCUCCCAUCUUUUGCUUCCUCUUCUUCGUCUUUGCGUGUCGUCAACCUGUGAAAGAGACGAUCAUUCUUCCCCUAAAGCCAUGGAAGCACGUCGUCCGUCGUCGUCAUGAGCUCAUCGUCUUCCUUCAGCUCAAAUCCCUUCCGCCGAUCCGUCCACAGCUCGGCGUACUCCCAUGCGGAAUCGAGAUCCGAUGGUAUAUAGUCACCCUUCUGUCUAUGUAUAUAUAUACAAGCAUGAUACGUCAAUUAUUUUUUUUUGUUUUUCCCUUCUGUCCAUACCACAAAGGCUCUGCACGGCUACCAGUCCGCCUCUUUAUUGGCAGCAGGUGUAAUCUAGCAGUGGUAACCGUUCCAAAUAGCUCCAGCGUCAACUUCAGAAGACAACAAUGGUUCCGCCCCGCGCACGAAGAAACAGGUGCGCAUAAGCUCGCCGCCGAGAUCCCCGAGACCCUUACAUGACGGCGGUGCCCUCUUAGCUGCCCAUGGCGUACCGGCUAUGUACGAUGACAGCUCUGCCCACCCAUCAAUGCGUCACUCGCCCAUUCGCAGCACCCACGGUCACACGAGCAGCAGCAGCGGAGACGACGACUCGAACAGCGACGAGGCCAUUCACGGCCAUGAGACGAUGACGGCCACAGACUCCGCCGAAGCCUACACGACAGCUACCCGGCCUAGGCCCCCGAAUAACCCCUUUAGUAGGACGCUGGCCGACGUGGACGAGACGCUUGUCCAACCUGCAACCUACCCUGAGAAACGGCCCAGCCCGGACGCUGCGGAUUCGAGUUACACAGCCGGUCAGACGUCCCCGAGAGCUGCUAUGGACGUUGAUGCCUUCAAAAAUCUGCUCAUGACGGGCAAGCCUCCUCGCCCGCUUCCGUCGACCCCCGCGGCAGAUCCGCCUGCUCAGCAACAGCGAGUGCUGCGGCGUGCGCCUGCUAACACUACGACCGCUACCUCGACAACGUUUGCGCUGGCCGACAGCAGCAGCGGCACUGAUACAUCUUCCGUAAGCAGGCAGUCUUUAGUCGACCCCAUGGCUGGAGAGACACCGCGGACAAGUUAUGAGAGGUCGAUAUCGGAUGAGGAAGAGGACAAUGUGCUUCCACCGCAGAGGACUGCAAGCAAGCGCGUCAAGCCGCCGCCACUGCCACGCCAUAAGCAUGGCAAGUCCGUCACGACUGCAGGCCCGCAAAUAGUGCCCUUUGACGCUUUCUCGGGCGCAGCUCCAGAGGAAGAAUCUGUCAAAAGUCCCGAGGAAGACAGGCAUCCUCGUUCAUCGGCAGAAUUGAAAAGACCUCUGCCACCCAUUCCCCAGCCAGCUGCACGCUCCGACAUUGCACACGCGGCAAUGAUAUCCUCGCGCGAGCCGAGAGAACAAAAGGAUGUUGUGGAGCUAUCAUCGCAGCCGAAGAAGCCACCUCCGCCACCGCUUGCCCGGCGAUCGUCGCAACGAGCACCCACCACGCCUGCAGGCCGAUCAAGAAGCGGUACGGCGUCAUCGCGGCCCUCGUUGAUGGAAGACAACGUGAGCAUUGCGGAGAGCACAGGCUCCUCGACACGUGUGGCGCCGCCGCCCCCUCCCGCUCGAAGAAGUGGACACGCUGCGCCGGCUGCUACGAGCGACGAAGGUUCGACUUCGAGCGUUAAUCCAUCGCCCAGUCUCAAAUCACCGCCGCUACCUCCUGCGCGCAACCGCGCGUCCUCGACACAGUCCGCAACUUCCACACUAUCCAACAUGAAUGUGACAUCACCCUCUACCAGCACUACCAGCAGCGCUGCAGGAGCCAUGUCACCGCCACAGUCCGACAGCGCCGUCGGCGGGAGCGGCGGCACUCUUCCGCCCCGCCCUCCGCCCCGACGCACGUCUUCCCGCUCCUCAACCGAAAUCGUCAGCUCGCCCCGGCGCACGAGUAGCGAAAUCGUCCGGUCCAGUUUCGACAGUGAGCGUCGUCCCUCGAUGUCGAACUCCGUGCGUAGGGUACCCAUCGUUGAGGAGGACAGCAUGCCGGACGGCGUGGCGUCGACGAUGAAGUCGGCCAGAGACAUCCUUGCAGAUAUGGAUGAAUUCCAAAAGGAGAUCGACGCCCUGCUUGCAAGGGAGGAUCUCACCCGCCGGAAGGGCAGCGCAGGCAGCGCAAGUUUGUCCCGCCCGGCGGGCUAAUCAAUGCCAUCUACGACCUGUUAUGUGGGAUGCGUUUGCAUCGAGGGGGCGGCUGGAAUAAGCGGCCCCGCCUGUACUGAAACGCCCUGGGGUCAAAAAUUGGUCGGGCAUUGUUGUACCGUCGUCACGACGGUGUCUUUCCGUAAGCAGUGAACACAGAUGCUGUAUGACGAUGUGCGCGCUGGGCGCCGACGGGCAAACACGAGCACAAGAGACGAAUAGGGGACUCGUACACGCAGGUAUCGCGAUACUUUUUCUUUUUUUUUUUUUUUAGACAUGUGGAAACACUUCUCACCAAGUAUAUGUGAACAAUAGUAGCAUCAUUAAGGGAGGAGAUGUGUUGAACUG